CUGGUAUUGGUAAUGUUACCUUAACUUCCGGGAGCGUUAUCGACGACAUGAGGAUCAUGGACGCUUUCAAAAAUAAGGAUUUCUUUUGCAUCGGAUUUGAGUGCCUGCCGGAUUACACAUUUUAUGUUGCAUGCUUCUUCAUCAUGCUGACUUUCGUCAUCCUUUGGUUUUACUGCAGGGAUGCAUUUCGAUUUUCGUUUAAACGGAAUGAUCCACCGAAAGUCAAAAAGAAAAAGAUGGCAAAAGAAGAUAUACAGAAAUGCUUAGAGUGGCUGCUAAAUACACAGAGUGAGUUGGAAACAGAUCCAUUUGGAAUAUGCAAAGCAGCAAUCUUGGAAGCCUCAAUUCGACAACAAAAUAAAAGUACCGAACUUCUUCGUUACCAAGACAACAUUAAAAGGGUCAUGACCCGACAUAAAGUUUCCAAUGAAGACACAAAAGAAAUAGUUAAUUCAUAUGAAUCGGCAAAGGCUAUAUCCUCAAAAAGGACGUCAUGCAUGGAAGUUUUAAGUGGAAUAGCAUCCUUAGAGGAACAGAUAGAGAAUCUUACGAGUGACUUCGAUGCACGUGCCAUGCACCUGGUCAAUUUAGGCGAGAACAAUAAGCACACGGGAGCAAAGUCACAAAGCAACGAGAGUUUGGUCAAAACAGCAAAGAACUGUCAUGUUGCCGUCAGAAAUAAUUGGCGGUGGAUUGACACCAUGUUACAGUGUUCCCAGGUCCAUCUUAGAAACGCUGCAAUGUUUCACGAAUUUUUCCACGAGGUGGAUGAGGUGGAGUAUUGGAUGAACACCAGUUUAUCCCGUAUCCACUUGACCUUUGACAGAUCUAAACUCACCGGUGACCAUUCAGACGUCAAGGUCAUACAGGAGGAAAUGAAGGACGUGCUUUUAGCCUACCUUCAAUGGCAAAGCAAAGUUGACAGUCUGUUUGACAGAGCACGUGACAUUGUUCCGGUCCAAACGAGGCUUGAGAAGAUUGCAAAACCAAUCCCAGUUGUUUCCCUUACCGACUACAAAACUAACGAGAUAGAUUUCCUUGAAGGAGAGACACUAACACUCGUUGACAACAGCAAGAAAGGGAAUUGGCUUGUAAAGAACUCGAAAGGUCAAUCUGCAUUGGUCCCAUCUGUGAUACUUCUUAUUCGUGGGCCCUCUAGUGAAGCCUUAGAGGCCGUAAUCAGAUUACGAAUACAGUUAUUAGGUAUGUGGACAACCAGCAUCAAACGCUUAGGUUACCAGAUGAUUGCAUUCAUGGGUUUGGUAUUUAGAGACUGGACAGAUCAAGAGAUUCAGAUGCUUCAGUGUAUGCCAGAGAAGGAUAAGAAAGAUCUUACGGGUGUACUGAAAUACAUUGAGGACACACUCCUCAAAAACUGGAAUGGUUACGGUGGAUUUGAGGAGCUCCAAGAGAAAAUCCUUCGACUGAACAUGAUUUUGGAAGAAUCUGGUGACAAAGUAGUCGCACAAGACUCAGAAAUGUUAUCCCAAGUUGUUGUUCAAAUAAAGUCCCUCAAAGAUCUCCUUAAUGACUACAAGGAUUUCUGGGCCUAUUGGGAAACGUACAAAGGAAUUGUUGAGCUCUUGAAGUCACCAAAGUUCCUGCUUGUAUGUGAUAAGUGGGAGGAACUGAAAUUCGUGACUUCAGCUCAUUUUGUCAAGUUUUGGGACACAAGUCUUGACUUGGAGAAAAAUGAUCUAACUUCGUCAAGUUCUGUUACAUUGUUUGAGACACCAAAAGAACCAUUACCAUCCGAAAAUAGGAAACCAUUGGAAGAGUUACUUGUCUGUCAAGUUCAGCCUCUUCAGCAAGAGAUGGACACUGUUGAUGCUCUUGAGGAAGAAGAAUCUUAUCAAACCUACGAAGAGACAACGGUGACGUCCACAGAUCAGGUGAUGUCAUCAGUGGAGGAGGAGAGAUCAACUUUCGUCAUAACGUCAGUGACUGACCCACGUGACGAAGAACGAGAAUUGACACUCCAAGAAGCCAUUAUGUUAGGAAUCAUCGACCAAACGACAAAUAGCUACAUAAAUCCAGACACAGGAGACACUUGUUCUAUUACUGAAGCUAUGAACAAUGGCAAUAUCAUGUUUGAAUUCACAUCUAGAAAGAAAAUCCGUGAAGAGAAAAAAUCUUAUGGCAUCAUAUCCAUUAAAACAACCAAGGAGAACAGACCCUACACAAUCAGUCGUGUGAUUGACCCUUCAACCGAACAGGAAAUGACAUUAUCAGCUGCUAUUAGUAAAGGAAUAAUUAACAAAGCAGACUCCACAUACAAGACAGAAACUGGUGAUUUGAUAAGCAUUGAUGAUGCAAUUUCGAGUGGCCUUGUCAAAGUAGAAUAUCAAAAUGGCGGCGAGCAUCACGAAGCAGAAAGCACGACGAGAACGUACGCAGUACAUGGAGUACUUGAUCAAAAAACCAAUCAAAAAGUGUCCUUUGCAGACGCGCUUAAUUUGGGCCUUCUCAACAAAGAGAGUGGAGAAUAUGUUAACAAUGUAACCAAAGAACGAUUACCAGUCCAAGACGCCAUAAUGAAAGGGUUUAUAAAAGCAAGAAUAGUGACGGAUACUUCCAAAUUAGACGUUGAUCCGGAAAAUAAAAUGGUAGUGGAGAAAUUUGCAUCAGCACGUUCCAAACUCCAGGCUGCAAAAGCCCUUCGUGGAACAACAAAUGGACAUAGCUAGACAUUUGUUCUCUUUAAAUCUCAAUUUAAAUUUUUUACUGCUUUGUUAUGCUUUAUCUAUUUGCACAUGUAUCGAUGAAAGCGAUAUAUUAUUUUUUUUCUUUUUACCAAAGACGUCAAAUGAUAUAAUCAUUUAAAUGGGAAAAUCUGAUAAUGUUAAAAUGACUCAAUUUAUAAAAAAAUAUAUUUUGUAACUGGAAAAAAAGUCGCAGUUAUUAUCAGUGUUUUAUAUGCAGCAGAUAGGUUAAUGUAGGUAGUUAA